AUGCCCUCGAGGAGCCAGUACAACCGCCGCGGCAGCGAUGGGGACGAGGACGAGCUCGUUGCAGUCUCAUCCGACUCGGAGGAGUCAGAGUCGGAGGCGAACCGCGGGGCCGAGGCGGACGACGACGACGACGAAUACGUGGGGGAAAGCAGUGACGCGGGCGGCGGGGACGAAGCGGAGGAAGCAGGCAGAAGCGAUUGCGGCGAGGGCGGUGACUUGGACGGGGACGACCACGUGGCCACGGCAGGCGGCCACUUCGGGGCCUGCGUCGCGGCGCGGCGGCUCCCGAUAAGGAGAGGAAAUCGCAGAACGUGGAUGCUCUUGGAAGGAGUUCAAUUUAUGUUUGAUUGUGUCUCUGGGUCAUUGAGUGCUGAUGGUAUUUCUGGUUGCAUUUUAGCUGAUGAUAUGGGAUUGGGGAAGACUUUACAGUCAAUAACUUUACUAUAUACCCUUCUUUGUCAAGGCUUCGAUGAUAAGCCAAUGGUUAAAAGGGCUGUCAUUGUAACCUUCACAAGCUUAGUUAGCAACUGGGAAUCUGAGAUAAUUAAGUGGUUGAAAGGCAGAGUGCAGCUGCUGGCCCUCUGUGAAAGCACACGUGCUGAUGUUCUUUCUGGAAUAGAAAGUUUCUUAAAACCCUUGAGCCGUCUUCAGGUACUUAUCAUAUCUUAUGAGACUUUCCGCAUGCAUUCUUCAAAAUUUGAAAGACCGGGCAGCUGUGACCUUCUCAUAUGUGAUGAGGCCCACAGGCUGAAAAAUGAUCAGACACUGACAAAUAAGGUUUUGGCUGCCCUUCCUUGUACACGGCGCAUCCUCUUGUCCGGUACCCCAAUGCAGAAUGAUUUGGAAGAGUUCUUCUCAGUGGUGAAUUUCACAAAUCCAGGGGUUCUGGGGGACGCUUCAUAUUUUCGUCGUUAUUAUGAAGUAAGUAUGGAGCUUGACAUGAAUCAGGCUGUACUGCCAAAUUACGAGUUACAGCUGUUCAUUCAAAGACAAUCAGUACUUCUCAUGUAUGCUUAG